GGACUAUAAGUGCGUGCGGAGCUAGUGGCCUGAGAGCCAAGCGCCGUCAGGAUGGUGGACAGCGUGUACCGUACCCGCUCCCUGGGGGUGGCGGCCGAAGGGAUCCCCGACCAGUAUGCGGAUGGGGAGGCCGCACGUGUGUGGCAGCUGUACAUCGGGGACACCCGCAGCCGUACUGCAGAGUACAAGGCGUGGUUGCUUGGGCUGCUGCGCCAGCACGGGUGCCACCGGGUGCUGGACGUGGCCUGUGGCACAGGAGUGGACUCGAUUAUGCUGGUGGAAGAGGGCUUUAGCGUCACGAGUGUGGAUGCCAGCGACAAGAUGCUGAAAUACGCACUGAAGGAGCGCUGGAACCGGAGGAAGGAGCCAGCCUUUGACAAGUGGGUCAUUGAAGAAGCCAACUGGUUGACUCUGGACAAAGAUGUGCCAGCAGGAGAUGGCUUUGACGCUGUCAUCUGCCUUGGGAACAGUUUUGCUCACUUGCCGGACAGCAAAGGUGACCAGAGUGAGCACCGGCUGGCGCUAAAGAACAUCGCAAGCAUGGUGCGGCCCGGGGGCCUGCUGGUCAUCGACCACCGCAACUACGACUACAUCCUCAGCACGGGCUGUGCACCCCCAGGGAAGAACAUCUACUAUAAGAGUGACCUGACCAAGGACAUUACGACAUCAGUGCUGACAGUAAACAACAAAGCCCACAUGGUAACCCUGGACUACACAGUGCAGGUGCCAGGUGCUGGCAGAGAUGGCGCUCCUGGCUUCAGGUAUGGCAUGAUUUGGCAGGAGAGGUGGUGGUGGGGGAGACUUGAGGCCAGCAGCCCUCAUUAUUUGGCUGGGGGCCCUGUUGCAGUAAGUUUCGGCUCUCUUACUACCCACACUGUUUGGCGUCUUUCACGGAGUUGGUCCAAGAAGCCUUUGGGGGCAGGUGCCAGCACAGCGUCCUGGGUGACUUCAAGCCUUACAGGCCCGGCCAGGCCUACGUUCCCUGCUACUUCAUCCACGUGCUCAAGAAGACAGGCUGAGCCUGGCUCCGGCUCCCACCCUAAGACCAUCGCCUACCACAGAUAUUGCAGAGAUGUGGGGGGCAGGCAAACAGGGAGUCGACAAUACAGCCUUCCCUUGCCAAUCCUGUGCCCUGUGUUUCUUUCAGAAGUAAUGUGGUGUUCAUCCCACCUUCCCUAGACCUUACUCUUCCCAUAACCUUGGCAUUUGCACCGCAACCUCUCACAAGACCAGCAGGGGGCAGUAUAGACUUUAUUUUCUGUCUGAGAACUGGGGCCUCAAUGCCCAUUCCAGGCUGCCACGCCCCCAAGCUGCCAGCCCUGCCUCUUCUCCUGGGCACAAGGGCCUCCCACUAGGGAUCUCAGGGUAUCUCCUGGAGGGAGGCAGCCUUCAGGUGGCAGGUGGCAGCUACCUCCAGCCAGGUGGGCUUUUGCAGGCGGCAGGAAGCUCCUAGCAGGCAGCAAACUUGCGUUGGAUACGCUUGUAUCGCAGCAGCUCCUGCUCGCUGACUGAGGGCUGCAGCCGGGCUGCGGCCUGCAACAGGUCCUCCAUGGUGAGCAACAGUGCUGAGCUCCGAGGCUCCAGCCCUGAGGGAUGGCGAGGAACAGUGAGGCCAGAGCCCUGACCCCAGCUGUAAUCUAUGCCUAGGUAGGAGAGCAACCUGGGGAGGUGCCUCCUGCUCAGCCGUUCCUCUGGAAUUCCAGGACUGUCUCCCCUAGUUUCUUGGUUCCCGUCUAGUGCUGGCAAGGGCUCACCUUCCUCUAGGUCUCGGACCCUGCGUUUGAGGGCGGUCAUCAUGGCGUCAGAGCAGAGAGAAUAGAGGUCUGCGCCGGUCAGCUGAGGCGGGCAGCAAUCC